UUGGCGGCUCUGGCUUUACUGCGGAUGUGGCCGCAAUUCUGAAGAUCCCUGCUUGGGGCGGAUCCUGGGCUAAUUGUUCCGGUCACCGCUAGGCCUACCCCUGCACCCUGCCCUGAUUUCCCUCUUAACAUCCCCACACGUUACACCUGUGUGCAGACCCGCCUCCAUGGAUUCUGAACCUCAUGAGCCCUCGACCGGCGACCUCUCCAUUCCGCGCCAGCCUCCCAGCGCCCAUUCAGGGGCUGAUGUCCAGGGUUACAACGCGGGGGGCGACUCAGGCACCAUGAGCCACGAUACCGAGGUAGACUUGAAGGAGGUGGAGCUGAAUGAGCUAGAACCCGAGAAGCAACCCAUGAACGCGGCGUCGGGGGCAGCUGUGGCCGUGGCAGGCGGUGGGGAGAAGAAUGGUCUGGUGAAGAUCAAGGUGGCCGAAGACGACGCAGAGGCAGAGGCCGCAGCCAAGUUCACGGGCCUUUCCAAGGAGGAGCUGUUGAAAGUGGCGGGCAGCCCUGGCUGGGUUCGCACCCGCUGGGCGCUGCUACUGCUCUUCUGGCUCGGCUGGCUCGGCAUGCUGGCGGGCGCCGUGAUCAUCAUCGUGCAGGCGCCGCGCUGUCGUGAGCUGCCUGUCCAGAGAUGGUGGCACAAAGGCGCUCUCUACCGCAUCGGUGACCUUAAGGCCUUCCAGGGCAGCAACGCGGGCAACCUUACAGGUCUGAAGCAGCAUCUUGAUUACCUGAGCUCUCUGAAGGUAAAGGGCCUUGUGCUGGGCCCAAUUCACAAGAAUCAGGAGGAUGAUGUCGCUGGGACCGACUUGCAACAGAUCGACCCCACGCUCGGCUCCAAGGAAGAUUUUGACAGUUUCCUUCAGUUGGCCAAGAAAAAGAGCAUUCGAGUCAUUCUGGACCUAACUCCCAACUACCGGGGCCAGAACCCGUGGUUCCUCCCCACUCAGGUUGACAUUGUAGCCACCAAGAUGACAGCAGCUCUGAGGUUUUGGCUGGAGGCUGAUGUGGAUGGAUUCCAAGUUCAGAAUGUGGAAAAUCUGACAAAUGUAUCCUUAUUGGCUGAGUGGCAAAACAUCACCAAGAACUUCAGUGAAGAUAGGCUCUUGAUUGCAGGGACAGACUCUUCCAACCUGCAGCAGAUCCUGAGCCUCCUUGAGAAUGCUAAGGAUCUGCUGUUAACCAACUCAUACCUGUCAAGACCCAGUUCCAGUGGGGAGCAUGUAAAAUUCCUCAUCACCCAAUAUUUGAAUGCCACUGACAACCGCUGGUGUAGCUGGAGUUUGUCUCAGGCAGGGCUUUUGACUUCCUUCGUGCCGACUCAGCUCCUCCGACUCUACCACCUGCUGCUCUUCACUCUGCCAGGGACUCCUGUUUUCAGCUAUGGGGAUGAGAUUGGCCUGCAGGCAGCGGCCCUUCCUGGACAGCCCGUGAAAGCCCCUGUCAUGUUGUGGAAUGAAUCCAGCCUACCCCAUUCAGGGUCUGUAAGCAUCAACAUGACAGUGAAGGGCCAGGAUGACGACCCUGGCUCCCUCCUAUCCCUGUUCCGGCGCCUGAGUGACCAGCGUGGUAAAGAGCGCUCCCUGCUGCAUGGGGACUUCCAUCCGCUCCCCUCCAGUUCUGGCCUCUUCUCCUACAUCCGCCACUGGGACCAGAAUGAGCGUUUCCUGGUGGUGCUCAACUUUGGAGACAUGGGCCUGACAGCCAGGCUAGGGGCCUCCGACCUGCCUAGUAUCCCCAGCCUGCCAGGCAAGGCUGAUUUACUACUCAGUACUCAGUCAGGCCGUGAGGAAGGGGCCUCCCUGGAGCUGGAAAACCUGAACCUGGAUCCUCAUGAGGGGCUGCUGUUACGCUUCCCCUAUGUGGCCUGACCCCACCUAUCUAGGACCCAGUACCCUCCUUGUUCCCUCACCAGCCCCUUUGGGUUCUGUUUUUUCUUUUUCUUUUUUUUUUUUUUUUUAACUUUUUUGCAGAUUACAAAUGAACUCUCAAGUAGAGUGUCUUCUGCCUUCAAAUAAAAGUCAUCCCUGCCUGGUGA